GACACCGCUCAGUGGCUCGUUCGUUGUAACCUGGGCCAACGUUCAGUUAUUUAAUUCAACAUUGGACUGUAAUAUCACGACCAUGAGAGUCUUGAUAGGAGGAGGAUCUGGCUUUGUGGGUCGUGAGCUGACUCGCCUGCUCAGAGUCAAAGGUCACGAGGUCACGGUGAUAUCUCGCCAGCCGGGUCCAGGGAAGAUAACAUGGCGCGAGUUGGCGUCUCAUGGCCUCCCACCAUGUGAGGGCGCUGUCAACUUGGCUGGAGAGAAUCUCAUGAACCCACUGCGAUGGUGGAAUGAAAGCUAUAAAAAGGAUUUGUUCUCAAGUCGCAUUGACACUACAAAAUCUAUGGCUCGAGCCAUUGCUGCCUCCUCCAGUCCUCCUCACUCCUGGGUCCUGGUAUCAGGUGUAGCUUGUUACAAGCCCAGUCUGACGGCCGUUUAUACCGAAGACAGCGAAUGGACUCCAUUCGACAUUCUCUCCAAACUCGUGAAGGAGUGGGAGGCCUCGGCUCUUCUUCCUGAGAAUGUGACGAACGACAUCAAACAAGUCGUCAUCAGGUCUGGGGUGGUAUUGGGCCGCGAUGGUGGUGCCAUGAAGCAAAUGCUGCUCCCCUUCUGGCUCGGCCUCGGGGGCACCCUGGGCUCAGGGAGUCAGCCGUUUCCCUGGAUCCACGUCUCUGACCUGGCAGGCAUCAUCGCCCACGCCCUGGAGCCCAACGACCUGGAGCCCCUCGCCACCCCCUCGUCUUCGCAGCAAGUCUUCAACGGGGUCGCCCCCGCACUGAACACCAACCUGGAGUUCACCAAAGAACUGGGCCGGGUCCUGAAUAGGCCCACCGUCUUUCCCGUGCCGGGCUUCGUCGUGAACGCCGCCAUGGGCUCCGAGAGGGCCUCUGUGCUGCUGCAGGGCCAGAACGUCGUCCCGAAGAGGAUUCAAGAGGCCGGAUUUGAGUACAAGUACCCGGACUUGACCUUGGCCCUGAAGGAGAUCGUCGGGAGUUAACAGAAGUUGAAGGGGAACUUCCUGUAAUUGUGUUUUUGAUAUUUACAGGAUUAGAAGAUUUUUGUACGGAAUCAAUCGUUGAAGAACUCCAGAUCACAGAUGGGUCUCAGGACUGCUUGUAAUGUGUUUUUCAUAUGACAUAAGAUCAGAGUAUGAAUCAGGAGAACAUUGAAUAGAGAACCUGAGACCCAAAAGACAAAUACAGGUGGGAUCAAUUUCUGCAUCUACAGGACUGUCUCAGAAAAUUAGAAUAUUGUGAUGAAGUUCUUUAUUUUCUGCAAUGCAAUUAAAAAAACAAAUGUCAUGCAUUCUGGAUUCAUUACAAAUCAACUGAAAUAUUGCAAGCCUUUUAUUCUUUUAAUAUUGCUGAUUAUGGCUUACAGCUUAAGAAAACUCAAAUAUCCUAUCUCUAAAUAUUAGAAUAUCAUAAAAAAGUAUACUAGUAGGGUAUUAAACAAAUCACUUGAAUUGUCUAACUCGAAACACCUGCAAGGGUUUCCUGAGCCUUGACAAACACUCAGCUGUUAUAAAUCUUUUUUUUUACUUGGUCUGAGGAAAUAUUAAAAUUUUAUGAGGUAGGAUUUUAGAGUUUUCUUAAGCUGUAAGCCAUAAUCAGCAAUAUUAAAAGAAUAAAAGGCUUGCAAUAUUUCAGUUGAUUUGUAAUGAAUCCAGAAUGCAUGACAUUUUUGUUUUUUUAAUUGCAUUACAGAAAAUAAAGAACUUCAUCACAAUAUUCUAAUUUUCUGAGAGUCCUGUAUAUGUAGUGCACACUGGGAUCAGACUGCUCAGGUGCUGAUGGACUAAUGUGAGCAGGGAUGUCUUUAUCGAUAAAUUGCUUCGUCAGUUCCUACGUAAUCACAUUAUUUUCAGGUUUAUGCAGUAGAAAAUAACUGCAAUGAUCAGUGGUGCUUUUGGACUUUAUUUUUUUUUCAUUAGAGGGAUGAUAUUUAUUAUCUUUAACAUGAAGUAUGGAAACAGGCAGGAGGGAAUGUAUUAUUCUCCAUUUUGUGACUUUUUAAAUGGCACAUUACUGUCAAAAUUGCAGCAUUUUUGUGACAAGAAUUGGACUUUGAUUUGUUGAAGGUGCGCAAUAAAGCCGGUGAAAGAACUUA